AUGCUUGGAGAGAGGCCAAUUCCCGCUUCGUUGGAAGACGGGGAAGCUGGUCCUCAUUCGGAAGCCGAGCGCCCUGCGGACUCUCCGUCCGCAUACCGGCCCGUGGUGCUGCUCGACGAGGUGGGCAAGCUCUUUGAAAGAGUCAUUGCAAACCGCCUCGCCGAGCACCUUGCGGGGACGGGGCCGGAUCUUGCGGAACACCAGUUUGGUUUCCGCAAGAGGCGCUCUACGAUGGACGCCAUCAUGCGCGUAAGAGCCCUCACGACGGGGGAUGCAGUGGCCAGGAGGGGGGGGUUGUUUUGGCGGUGUCUCUCGACAUCGCCAACGCCUUCAACUCCAUGCCCUGGAGCUGCAUUAGGGAGGCACUCCGGUAUCACCGGGUGCCGACCUAUCUCCGUCGUAUAG